UCCGGCGAACAGUCCAGGCUAUUUUUGGCUCCUCCCCAACAUUCAUUAAAGCCUCUGAGUAGGGAUGUACUUAAAAACAGUACUUCAAUGACAUACAUGACUACUUUCUUAUUAGCCAGAUCCAAAUGAAGCUCUUUUGUUAGCAUGUUACUUUGCGAUUUCUUCUUCUAAUCGCACCUGUUUAUAUGACUUUCUGCAAGUCAAUUGUUAGGUACUAUGAAAAAGGUUAUCGCUCAGGAAUGCCUCUUAUCUGUCUUUGCAGAUCCUCACACCUGAAAUAGCAAGCAUACGCUCCAACACGGAAUGAUAACUUUUAUUCUCCCCCACCCACCUGCACCUGUCGCGGAGCAAAGGUUAACUUUCUCUCGAACCAAUCAGGAAAUGCUUGGAGGGAAAAAAGCCGCUAAAUCACCCAUUAAUAAUCGGCCCAUCGGCGGCGGCGGGCCCCAGAAGACUCAAUACAGCAAUACAAUACAACUCGGACUUCGACACCUGGACGCAAACAAGAACAGGACAGACUAUUUGUGUUUGUUUUUUUUCUAAAUUGCUCCAUAGGCCCUAAAUUCUUCCAGUUUGUCUUCAGAGGGACAUGGUGGCUGCCGUGAUAUCAGGAAGGUCGACGCGGACUCGAGUACUGAGGCCCCAGUUGUCGUGCUUUUCAGACACCGGGGAACCAUCAGCUGACACCGCAAGCCAGGCGCCCGACCCGGUCGCCAUGAGCACCGAGAGGCACGAGGAGGCGCCUGGCGACACUUGCUUGGCCAGCGUUCACGUCGUGGGCGCAGAGGGUCAGCGGCUUCGCUUCAUGCGCAAGGAUGGCGGGUUCCCCGUGGCCUUCCGCAAGGUGCCCGGAGACUGGAGCCCGUACCUGCUGGAUCUUUUCACCACGCUGGUAGAGAUACGCUGGCGGGUGAUGCUCCUGCUCUUCUCGCUGUCCUACAUCGUUUCUUGGCUGUUCUUCGGGCUUUGCUACUGGCUCAUGGCGUAUGUGCAUGGCGACGGUGGCCGUGGCCCCUGCGUGCUCAACGUCUAUGACUUCACGUCAGCAUUUCUCUUCUCAAUGGAGACCCAGGCCACCAUCGGUUACGGCUUCAGGGGCGUGACAGAAAACUGUGGGGUGGCCGUGGCGGCCGUGACCAUUCAGGACGUUACCAGCUGCCUCCUGGACACCAUCGUCAUCGGUAUUGUUGUGGCAAAAAUGGCGUCGGCGCGCAAAAGGGGUCAGACGGUGGGCUUCAGCAGAGUGGCCGUGGUCAACCGGCGGGACGGCGUCCUGUGUCUGUCGUGGCGGCUCGGAGACUUCAGAGGGAAUCACAUCCUGGAGGGUGUGGCCAGGGCGCAGCUCGUACGCCACUCCAAGCAACCACGGGGACCCGUGCUGAUGUCGUACCAGGAUGUGGACAUCCAGGAGCGGGAGCUCAUCCUCGCCACGCCAGUCCUUCUCGUGCACAAGCUCCAAGCGGGCAGUCCGCUCUACCACAUUGGCCCAGAGGGGCUUCCGGAGGAGGAUUUUGAGCUGCUGGUGUCCUUCACCUACAUGGGCGACUCCACCGGCACGCUCCACCAGACGCGCACUUCCUACACACCUGCCGAUAUCCGCUGGGCGCAACGCUUCCGUGAGAUGCUCAAACUGGGCAAGAAGCACUACAAGGCGGACUAUGCGCUGUUUCACCAGACGGCGUGGGUGGCCACCCCAAUGCUGAGCGCUGAGCAGUACGACCGGGGAAGGGCUCCACCUGGCCUCUUGCGCUCGCUACGGGGCAAGAGAGGCCGCUGCCGUAUGGAGGAGGUCAUCCGGCAAACCCAUUUGUAGUCUACGGAGCUUCGGAGAUGCUCAGAUGUCGGAUUUAUUUAUGCUUUGACGGCUUUUGGAUGUUCAAAAUAAAGUCUUUAACUGGGACGCUUAUUUUUUUUCAUGUUCACGUCCACUCUCAACACCAGUUUAGAGAACAAGUCAAUGGAAAGCUCUGCGG